AUGCAGUACCGCCGCCUCGGAAAUAGCGGCCUCAAAGUCUCCCGGUUAAUCCUCGGCUGCAUGACCUACGGCAACCCAAAUUGGGAAGGAUCACCAUGGGUCCUUGAUGAGGAACAAUCGCUACCAUUGCUAAAGAAAGCAUUCGACAUGGGAAUCAAUACAUUCGACACUGCGAACACCUACUCCAAUGGCCAAUCAGAAACAAUACUCGGCAAUGCCUUGAGAAAAUACUCCAUCCCGCGAAGCAAGGUAGUAAUCAUGACGAAGAUAUACUACCCAGUUUUAGAGGAUGAUCCGAAUUCACGACCUAAUCCCGCGAUCAACGACGGGCAUUUGGUGAAUCAGAUGGGUUUAAGCCGGAAACAUAUCUUUGACGCAGUAGAGGGAUCCUUGCAACGAUUAAACACGGAUUACAUUGAUGUCCUCCAGUUGCACAGACUUGACUCCGAAACACCGCCCGAAGAGAUUAUGCGAGCGCUACACGAUCUAGUCUGCAUGGGCAAAGUUCGGUAUUUGGGCGCGUCGAGUAUGCAUUGUUGGCAGUUUGCACGAUUGCAGUAUACGGCGAAGAUGAACAGGUGGACGCCUUUCGUUAGUAUGCAAGGUCUUUACAAUCUUCUUUAUCGCGAGGAGGAGCGCGAGAUGAACCCGUUCUGUGAUGCGGAGGUGGUCGGGCUCAUUCCUUGGAGUCCUCUUGCGAGGGGCCUUCUAGCGAGGCCAUGGCAGCAAAAGUCUGCUCGUGCGGACCAAGAUGAGAAAACGAAGCGCUGGUUCGUUGGGGAUCAAAAUGAGAUGAUCGUUGACCGGGUUGAAGAGCUUGCGCGCAAUAAGAAAUGUGCGAUGAGCUCUGUUGCGAUGGCUUGGUUGUUGCAAAAGGGGGCCUGUCCGAUUGUCGGGCUGAAUAGUGUUACAAGAAUUGAGGCUGCGUUGGAGGCGUUGAAUGUUGAGCUAACGUUGGAUGAAAUGCGAUAUCUCGAGGAGCCUUAUCGACCUUUAGCUGUGCAGGCAAUAUGA